AUGGAGCCAGAGAAGUUGACGGUCAUCAUCGGCGAAUCGGGGAAAGGAAAUGAUGAAGAUGAAGGUGAAAGCGAUUCAUCAGUUGAUGACGGGACUGACCUCAUUGUCCCAAAGGAAACCUUGGAGUCCGAUGAGGAGUUGCGAAUGCAUUUGCUAGGGAUGGAUUCCUUUUUCAGUGAGGCAGUGGAGACAAACUGGGCGUCUAAAGUGGCUUCGCUCCCAACCAGAUGGCUGCCACCUGGCACCAUCAGAAUGCUGUACUACCAGAUGGGCCGCACUGAAGAGAUCUCGAACUUCAGUUGCAAACAUCAAGCCCAAUUCUUUCAAUGUUUUCGUGACCCCUCUUUUUCAAAUUGUAAGUGA